CAAAGCGACAAUAACCUGAGAGAGACAUCAGAGGAGAAAGAAACUGACCGUCGCUUUUUCUUCGGUUCCUUCAUUCUUCCUUCGCCGCCUUCGUCAAUCAAUCUUUUACCAGACCGAAGGAUAACCUUCCCUGUUCAUGGAGGAAAAAGUUUCUGGAUCUUUCGUCUUCUCCAUAACCAAGUGACUUUUUGUGUCUGGGUCUUUCUCCCGUUGAUGUUGAAGCAGAGCUUCGGGGUUCUUAUGGCUGCUUAAGCAUGUCGUGUACCUCUCUCUCUCUCUCUCUCUCUCUCUCUCUCUAGAUCAUCUUUUCUUUUGUAAAGAGUCCUUGAAAUUAUCGGUGUUUGUGACCGAGAAGUGUGUGGAACUUUCUAGGAAUCCUUCUUGGUGAAGUAGAAAUAUGGCCAAGAACGAGGAAGAGACCGGUAGCCCAGGCUGGGGUGCUUCUUUUUUCAUUCAGACAAGAGGUGAUGUUGCAAAGGCUGCUGCCACUGGAAUCAUCUCACCAAGGCCUUCUGUUGUUUUUUCUUCCAAAGACGAUGGCGGUGAUAGUCCUUUGCAAAGAUUGCAGAGGCAGGUUGCAAAAGUGCUUAAAGGCUUCUAUGAAACUCCAGAAACAAAGAAUAUAGUAUACAAUCCAGAGGUUUUAACCAGUCAGAAGCGUCAGUGGGCAAAGUUUCAGUUGCAAUAUUUGGAUCAUAAAUCAUUGAAAGAUCCAUCAAGGCUUUUCGAGAGUAUGGUAGUGGUUGGACUUCAUCCUAAUUGUGAUAUUCGAGCACUUGAAAGGCAGUACAUUGCACGGAAAUCUGAAGGAUCUGGGAAAUUCCGAAAUGCACUGUCAUCUCAGAAUCAUUCCCGUGUAGAACCUAGCCUUGAACCUCAGGUCUUACUUGUAUACCCUCCCGAUAAGCAGCUUCCACUUAAAUACAAGGAUCUCCUUUCAUUUUGCUUCCCUGGAGGCACAGAGGUUUAUGCUGUAGAGAGAACUCCUUCAAUGAGUGAAUUGAAUGAGGUCAUUCUUAGUCAGGAACGGCUUAGACCUAGUGACCUUUCAUUUGUAUUUAGGUUACAGGUUGCCGAUAAUUCAACUUUGUAUGGAUGCUGCAUACUGGUUGAAGAAAUAGUAAACAGACCCUCCAGAUUGCUUUCCACAGUUUUAGAGAAGGAACCUGCUUCCUCAUCAUUAAGCCGUCAUAUGCUGACAACACGCCGAUGCUAUUGCCUCCUAACUAGGCUGCCCUUUUUUGAACUGCAUUUCGGUGUAUUAAAUAGCAUCUUUACGGAAGAAAGGCUAGAGCGAUUGAUGAGUGGCAUCAAUGAUAUAGCUUUUGAGCCCUCAAUGGACGAUGGAGAAAGCUUUAAUGUCAUAUCACCUGAGCAAAGAGAUGCUGGUGAUACACAUGCAGAAACUGAAAAUACAGCUUCAGAAAUUCAUGAAGCUGAUGAAGUGUCAGAUAAUGGGACUUGCGUGGAGAAUCAGAAGGUUGGAGCCAACUUGGGUUCGCCGAAACGAAAUGCUGAUGAUGUGUCUGAUCUUGUGGUGACAACGAAAACUGAAUCGUGUUUCAUAGACUCAGUAGACAAAGUUGUCGUAGCUGAUGAUUCUUCAUCAAAUAUUAAGCAAGGAAGGGAAAGUGGUUUAUCUGAUACUGGUCCACUGCUCUGGUGCCCUUAUUUGGAUGAAAGCUCUGAUUCUGGUUCUAGCUUUCAGGCUUCCCCUUGUGAAGGAAGGCAUUUUAGGACUGAUGCAGAUGACACUGAGACAGAUGAAACAUCCUUCUCUGGCCAGGAAGACUCAAGCUGUAAUAUUGAUAUCCUUGAGUGGGCAAAGGCAAAAAAGAAUGGGUCAUUACAGAUACUGUGUGAAUAUUACCAAUUACAGUGCCCCACUAGGGGCUCAACACUUACAUUUCACCCGCUGGAGCAUCUUCAUCCAUUGGAAUAUCGUAGACCCGAUGAAACAGUCCUGCAUACUGCUGGAUCAACCAUCGACCUACGCUCAUGUAGCACUAGUCUAGAACUCACAGAGGCGCACACUGCGCUCAUGGCUGAGGAAGAAGCAGCUGCACUAUCAACAUGGGCUGUCGCUUCGUUGUGUGGAUCACUGCGGCUUGACAAUGUGCUGACAGUGCUCACCAGUGCAUUGCUUGAGAAGCAGAUUGUUUUUAUUUGCUCUAAUUUGGGAGUCUUAUCUGCCUCGGUCUUAUCAAUUAUCCCUCUCAUCCGUCCGUAUCAGUGGCAGAGCCUUUUAAUGCCUGUUUUGCCAGAUGAUAUGCUGGAAUUUUUGGAUGCCCCAGUCCCUUACGUAGUUGGUGUAAAGAAUAAAACGAGUGAAGUUCAAUCAAAGCUAGCCAAUGUUAUUGUUGUGGAUGUUAACAAGAACCAGAUUAAGUCACCAUCUAUCCCUCAGCUGCCUCAGUAUCGAGAGUUAUAUAGUGCACUAAGUCCUUAUCAUGCAAAGCUCGUUGGUGAAAGCUACCUAGCAAAGAAAAGGCCAGUAUAUGAGAGCACAGAUGUGCAGGUGGAGGCUGCAAAAGGCUUCCUGCGCGUGCUAAGGUCAUACCUUGAUUCUCUUUGCUCCAACCUGCGGUCUCACACCAUUACAAAUGUACAAUCCAAUAAUGAUAAGGUAUCUCUUCUGUUUAAGGAAAGUUUCAUUGACUCAUUCCCUAGCCGCCAUCGCUCGUUCAUGAAGCUUUUCGUGGACACACAACUCUUCUCUGUACACACGGAUCUCGUUCUUUCCUUCAUACAGAAGCUGUAAACUUCCAUAAAGAAGUGCUGGUAAGAAGAAAGUUACUCUGGUCUGAUGUAACACAAAGUUUCAGUCUCCACACCAUGCAAAAUAGGCUUGACCGCGUGGUACUGUUAAAAUUAAAAGGGUUGAAUGAAAACAGAGCUUGCACUAUAUUGUAUCUGUCACAAACUAUUUGUAAGAAUUUCUGAGAUUAGAAUCUAUUGAAGGAAGAGUCGACCAGAUAAAUACUUGAAUGAGGAAGCAAGGGGGCUGGUUUGCCGUAUAGGACAUCAAUGGAAACCUUAGAGAAUGCAGGUUAUACUUUGCAGAGGUUGUUGGUGAUUAUCUGAAGUUGGGUUUGUCCAAAACUAGACAAAGAAGCAAGAACAACUCAGUUUCCUGCAUUUCCAAGCCCCUCCUUGAGGAUUAAG